UGGGAGCGCAGAGGGAGCUGAGCGUGCAGAGGGAUCUGCAUGCCAGGGCCAUCACUGAGGCCAGGUGCCUUGAUUACACUUGGUGGAUCCCAUCAGAGAAGGAGCAGAGGCAGGGACAUAAAAGAGGAGCUGGACUGAUCCCCUGUCCUCCGUGGACUGACCCCCAGAAGCAGGGGGAGAAGCAGCUCCCUGCUCCAGAGAUGCGGAGAACAUGGCAGCCCUUUGGGGUCUGGCGGCUGCUGCUCCUGCUGGUAGCGAUCCCACUCACACCGGUGCAGACGACCCACCCGGAGUGCUCCAUCAUUCUGCAUUUACAGGAACGAGAGGCUGAGUGUCUGGAAACAAUCAGGAGUGAAAACCAAAGCCAGUGACCCUCAGGGCAGCGGGGCUGCCUGAGGGAGUGGGAUGGCGUCAGCUGCUGGCCGGCGGUGUCAGUUGGCCAGUCCCAAGCAGUGACCUGUCAAGAGAUCCUUCAAGUAUUCAAGAAAUCUCAAGUGUUGAUACGCAAGAACUGCACAGAGUCUGGCUGGAGCAGCCCCAGCCCUCCGUACUACGCCUGUGAGCUGGAUGGCAGCAAUAAGGACACAGAAGCCAAGGGGGCCUACUUUGCCACUGUGAAGGUGCUUUAUACCUGCGGCUACUCCGCCUCCCUGGCUGCUCUGCUCCUGGCCAUCAGCAUCUUCUCCUGCUUCAGGAAGCUUCACUGCACCAGGAAUUCCAUCCACAUCCACUUCUUCACCUCCUUCAUAAUGCGGGGAGCUGCCGUGUUCAUCAAAGACUCCGUGCUCUUCGCGGAUGAGUCCAUCAAUCACUGCACCAUGUCAACGGUGAACUGCAAAGCGGCCAUUGCCUUCUUCCAGUACUCAGUGCUGGCCAACUUCUACUGGCUCCUCGUGGAGGGGAUGUACCUGCAAACACUGCUGCUGUUCACCUUCACCUCUGACAAGAGGUAUUUCUGGUGGUACACCCUCAUCGGCUGGGGCGUACCUCUGCUCAUUGUGAGCUUGUGGAUCUUCGCCCGGCUACAAUACGACAACCAUGGGUGUUGGGAUGACUAUGCCAGUCUGUACUGGUGGGUGAUCAAGGCCCCCAUUCUCAUUGCCAUCUUCAUGAACUUCCUCAUAUUCCUGAAUGUGAUCCGAAUGUUAGUGCAGAAGAUUCGAUCCCCUGACGUUGGCAAAAACUACAAGCAGCAGUAUAUGAGACUGGCAAAAUCCACACUGCUUCUCAUCCCCCUCUUUGGGGUUCACUACGUGGUGUUCGCCCUCUUCCCGGAGCAUAUUGGCGUUGAAGCAAGACUCUAUUUUGAACUGGUUCUUGGCUCCUAUCAGGGGUUCCUGGUGGCUCUGCUGUACUGCUUCCUGAAUGGGGAGGUGCAGGCUGAGAUCCGGAGGAACUGGGGCAAAUGGCAGUCGUCCAUGGAGAGCAACGUCUUCAACCUGGUGACCCAAGACUUUACAGCCUGAGAAGGGAAAGGGCUGGUGAUAAACAGCUUCCCAAAGCCUGACCGCUAUUCCGCGCCCCACAGCAGCAGCCCCAGUGGGGAGUAGGGCAGCGCCUUGCAUUCCACUUUGCCACCCAGUUUGUUUCUGCUUCCUUGGCCAAACAUACAGAGGUGGGGACUGAGGGAAAAGACCUUGUAGAUCGACUCUAGCCCCUCCCCAGAGAUUGUUGCAGGGUCGUACUCUGCAUUCUAUUCUUCAGGGCUUGUCCAGCUUUGUGUUCAAUGUCCCAAGAAACAGACCUUCCUCCCCUUCCCUCUGGGAAAUGACCCCACAGCAAAGAUUUUGCACUUGGGAAAAGUUUCCAGAGAUUCAGGCUGUAUUCUCCAUUCAUUGCCUUCCUCCUAGUUAUAAGCCAUGCACUGCUCUAACUCAUAGAAUCAUAGAAUCAUAGAAUAUCAGGGUUGGAAGGGACCUCAGGAGGUCAUCUAGUCCAACCCCCUGCUCAAAGCAGGACCAAUCCCCAAUUUUUGCCCCAAUCCCUAAAUGGCCCCCUCAAGGAUUGAACUCACAACCCUGGGUUUAGCAGGCCAAUGCUCAAACCACUGAGCUAUCCCUCCCCCCCCCCUCACUCCUCUUCCUCCCUGCCAUGGGCCCCCACCCUGCUCUCAGCUGUUGUGACUCACGUCCCCCCCACACAUCCAAUCCACCAGUCUCCUUAGCAGGUGGGUUGCCCUUCUUGUAAAUACUUAGGGGUUUUCUCCAUCUUUCUGGUCCUGAGCUGCAUGGGAUGCAGCGUCACCUGGCACGGCCUGCCCAGGGCCAGAUGUCGGCAUCGCCUGGCAUGGCCUGCCCAGGCCAUAUAGAGAAGGCAAUUGUAUUCCUGCACCGUGAUGUGCUACCUGCCCUGAAGGCUUCUCUUUUGCUGCCAUCGUGUGUUUGUUCUUUACACUCGCUCCCAGGGCAUUUCAGCCUGGUUACCUGGCAGGUUUUUCUCCUCCCCCCAAGAUGCUUUUUCUCGGGUGGCUUUGCAUGUUUCCAAGCUGAAUCUUAUUUUCUGUGAUUCCUGUUCCUCUCCCUGGUGCUCACAGCUCCUCCUGGCCUAGUGCCAUCUGCAGAGUUCGUCAGCAUGUGGCUUUCUCCCACUGCCCAGCUCAGUAAUGAAGAUGUUGGAUGAGGCCAGUCCUUGCACAACACACAUUCCCAGCUCCAUGCCUUGCUGUUUACCCCUGGCCAACACUUCAUUUGAUACUUCCCCCUUUGGCUUUGGUUCUUUUAGCCCUGUCCCCACCCACAGAACAGGAUACCCACACCCAGCAGUUGGAAUCAGAGUGAACAGGGUUCGCUCCUGUGUGAGAAGCCAGCAUUAGGGCGAGGACCAGCUUCAGUCCCACUUUUUUAGGCUUUUAAUGAUGUCUUGGCUUCAUACAGGCCCUGUGCACGGGGUGAAUUUCACAUUAUAGCAGGAUUUGGUGAGACACUGACCUGGGCUCUCCCCACCUCAGAAAAUCUGACCCUGUGUCAAGCCAUCAUCAUCACCAGUCUUCCUACACCAUUGGGGUGUAGGUAGCCUUUAUUUUUAUUUAAAGGUAACUUUAGUGCUGUUCUAUUACACCAUCGAGGGCUUGGCUCUGGCAGCUACAGUUCAACAGACUAACAAAUUAGAGACUAAUUUGAGCCACUAAGGGGCCUCUAAGGGGCCACAAGGACUCCUUGUUGUUUUUACAGUUCAGCAGAGCUCUCUCUGCCUGUUUUAGCUCUAGAGCUCAUAGGAACACAUGAAGCCAUAAGCAAGUAACAGACAAUCAUAAGAAGAAGGUCUAUUAUCUUGUAUCCAUUUUAUUAACGUUACCAACACAGUUAUGAGUAUCACAGCAUAUACAAUGCCUAGAUCUAUCCAGGCACCAGUUCUAACUGCAGCCAGACUUGCAUCCUCCUAGACAGCAUUAGGGUCAGGUGGGUCUCUCAUGGAUUGAUCAUCAGUACAGGGAUGCAAAAAGAAAAGGAGUACUUGUGGCACCUUAGAGACUAACCAAUUUAUUUGAGCAUGAGCUUUCGUGAGCUACAGCUCACUUCAUCAGAUGUUUACCGUGGAAACUGCAGCAGACUUUAUAUACACACAGAGAAUAUGAAACAAUACCUCCUCCCACCCCACUGUCCUGCUGGUAAUAGCUUAUCUAAAGUGAUCAACAGGUGGGCCAUUUCCAGCACAAAUCCAGGUUUUCUCACCCUCCACCCCCCCACACAAAUUCACUCUCCUGCUGGUGCUAGCCCAUCCAAAGUGACAACUCUUUACAUAAUCAAGUCGGGCUAUUUCCUGCAUAGAUCAAGGUUUUCUCACAUCCCCCCCACCCCCAUACACACACAAACUCACUCUCCUGCUGGUAAUAGCUCAUCUAAACUGACCACUCUCCAGGUUUAAAUCCAAGUUAAACCAGAACAUCUGGGGGGGGGGGGGUAGGAAAAAACAAGAGGAAACAGGCUACCUUGCAUAAUGACUUAGCCACUCCCAGUCUCUAUUUAAGCCUAAAUUAAUAGUAUCCAAUUUGCAAAUGAAUUCCAAUUCAGCAGUUUCUCGCUGGAGUCUGGAUUUGAAGUUUUUUUGUUGUAAGAUAGCGA